UAAUUUUAAGAAACGAGUUUUGACUAAAAAAAUUUUUUUUAAAUUAAUAUCUACGAAAAGAAUUAAUUUAUAGAUAUAGAAUUUAUCGCAGUAAUACUACUUAGUUAACGCAAUAAACAAAUGUAUAUUUUCACCAAUAUAUUCACUCGCAGGCAAUACAUUUACGUUUUCUCUUUUAAUGCUCCUUGUAUCUUCGAAUUUCAAAUAUUGAAUUGUACUAAUGGAUCGUCUUUUAAACAUAUAGAAAUUAUGCAGUUGUAGAGAUACGAUUCCGGUCAUAUUCCGGGAAUAAAUUAUCGAAAUAUCAAGUUUCGGUACCUCUGCUCUUGCGAAAGCAUCAAAUAAUACACUUGUAUUCGAGAAACAACAUACCUCUUAUGCGUUUUGACUCAGCCGAGCGCGUCGUGAAAGCGGAAGCGCGGCUGCGUUGAAUGCCAACGUGCGAAACACCGCGUGUUCAAAGCGACAUAAACGCGGCUUGAAUAGAAGGCAGAUGAACUUUAUCCGCAUUGUACUGUUUGAUUCUAGAAGAGAGAGAGAGAAAGAGGAGGGAGGAAGAAAGAGAGACGCGUAAACAGAGACAUAAAGACAUAAUAAUGUAGAUAAUUACAUACAAAUUCUGAUGGAACUCGACUCUGAUCAUUACGUCAGCGCCGGAGUUGCAACAUCGAAUCACCAAUAUCAGUAUUGGCUCUGAUAAGUUUCGUAGCGAGAGAACUCAAAAGGAAUUAAGACGGGCAGUCUGUGAUGUUCGACGGACCGCGCGUCACGUUCCUUUAUUUUAUCAAUUCAAUGGCCGCGUUCAGCAAAAAAAACAGUUUUGCCAUUGUUGUAAAAUUCUUUUAUACGAUUGGUUUAUACAGUUAGAUUCGACAGGAAUCAGGACCAAGAACCAAUCGUAUCGAAGAAUCUUACAAUAGUUGCAAAGCUUUUUUUUGUCGCUGAACGCAACCAUUGUCGGCCGAACCCUUUCCGCGCGCCGAUGCGGAGCACCGACUGGCGAGCACCGUUUGUUUUCACGAAGUGUUUUAAGUGGCUAAAGUGAUCGCGGGAGUUCUCUCCCGUGAAUGCACAAUGGCUUUAAUUGCACAAAACGACGAGGAAUCGUCGUGCGAGCGGCCAACUUCGAAAUGCGCGCAAUACGUGGGCGUGCUCGUGGCGACAUUCGCCGCAUUCUCGAUCGGCACGUAUUUGUCAUGGACGUCGUCCGCUUUGCCACUUUACAAUGCGAAUGGCACGAUGUCUGUCAGCGAUCAGGAAGGCUCCUGGAUUUCUUCCUUAAUACCCCUCGGUGCCAUUCUCACCGUUAUCCCGGCGGGAAUGCUGGCAGAUAGAUUUGGUCGGAAGAAGACAAUUUGGGCGACAACCGCGCUCUUAUUUUCCUGCUGGUACAUUAUCGGAUUCGCGCGGAGUAAGAUAUGGAUUUUCCUGGCUCGGUUUGUUGCGGGAGCAGCAUGCGGUGCAGCAUCCGUCGUUGUUCCCAUGUAUGUUUCUGAGAUUGCCCAGCAGAGUAUUAAGGGUUUACUUGGCACCAUUUUUCAAUUACAGAUUACCGCCGGAAUUCUCUUCGCGUACGCUACUGCUUUUACCGACAGCUUGCACGUCAUCGCGAUACUUUGUUCCAUGACGCCCGCUUUGCUUUUGAUCUCCUUCCCAUUCGUGCCGGAAUCGCCAGUAUGGCUGGUCAUGCAGGGUCGCAAGAAUAAGGCGAAUGAUGUGCUAAAACACUUCAGGGGAGCUCGCUAUGUCACCGAGACGGAACUGGUCAGGCUCGAGCUUCAGGCCUCGGAGAUGCGAGAGACUAGGCCUACUAUUUAUGACUUGAGAAAUUAUAAAAAAGCGAUCUACAUCACACUCGGUUUAAUGUUUUUCCAACAACUUUCUGGUGUUAAUAGCCUGAUAUUCUACGCGAAAAGGAUAUUCGAUGACGCGGGUUCAAUUCUGAAUUCAUCCACGUCGUCAGUAAUCGUUGGUGUCGUACAAAUAAUUGCCGCCUACUUUUCGAAAGUUUUAAUCGAACGCGCCGGUAGAAAGUUAUUAUUAUUCAUUAGUGCGUCAAUGAUGGCCGUUUGUAUGUUCACGUUGUCGGGAUAUUUCCGUUUCCAGAAGUCGCAUGAUCUCUCAAACUUCUCUUGGGUACCUCUGCUCUCGUUCGCAGUAUUCGUCAUCAUUUUCAACAUCGGCUUCGGUCCCAUACCGUGGUUGAUGAUCAGCGAGUUGUUCACGAACAACGUGAAGAACGUGGCGAGCGCUGUCGCUGCGACGUGCAACUGGAUGUUGGCUUUUCUGGUGACAAAAUGCUUUCAGGACAUGGUAAAUCUCAUGGGAAUCUCCUCGUCGUUCGCCACGUUCGGCAUGAUAAAUUUAAUCGGAACAAUAUUCGUUUCUGUGAUGGUGCCGGAGACGAAGGGCAAAAGCGUCGAGGAGAUUCAGAUCGAGUUGUACGGGACUCAAAUUACAAGCCCGAGGGAGACAUUGGAAAUGUGAUGAAACAUAAAUGAAAUGAUUACUGAAUCGAAACGCUCAAUUGUAGAAAUAUGGUUGUGAUUCGUUUGUAUGAUAAAUAUUUUUUAAGUCACUUAAAGUAAUUUAAAGUGCAUAGUUUUAACAUUUAAUGUCGGAAAGUGUAAUUUCAAAGUUUUUACACACUUUUCAACAAAAAAUUGUUUUGAAAUUCAUAUCUAGCUAAAUUUUUAGACAACUUUAGCAAAACCGUGCAGAUAAAAAGGAAUCACCACGGCUUAUCUGAUAAUUACACAUAUAAUUACAGAAACUACCUUUAUACCGAGAGGGUAACUUUCGGCGACAUAUAUAAAUAUAUAUGUACAUUUAUAAUAUUUUUUUAGAUAACUAGAAAAAUUAUACGACGUAAUAAAACAAAGAAUUUUGUUGUCCUUUCGCCUUUUUAAAUUUUCAGUGGUAUUGAUUUAAUACGUACCGUAAAACGGACCCGUGCUGCGUCGCUGAACUUCCGUGCACGUGUAAUGCGGAUUGCAAAAAAGACGGAUCUGUGUUCAUACGUACUCACAUAUUUAUUUUCCAUUCGAUCUUUUUACUUAUUUAUACGAUUUUAUAUCACAUAAUACAUGAAUCACGCAUUUUUCUUUUCUUUAAAUCGAUCGGUCGUCUCGCCGCCCCCGAAUCGAGUUACAAUUACGCAAAGCUAUGACAGCGAAAAGGACAUCUAAAAUGGUCGAGAAAGAGUUCUUCUGCGAGGACGAGACGUUGACUCUUUCACGUAUCAAUAUUCGUCCGGCAAUAUUCGCGCGAUAUUAUUCCGUUGUACAACAAAGUAAAACAUGCGCAUUUUACACGCGCGGUACAAAUGUUUGCCGUACGUACACGUGGGAUAAAAAGAAACGUACGGUUCAAUGGCGUCGAAUAGUUGCGAUCUCAUUCCAGAUGCAUUCCGAAGAGUCGCUCGAACGAUAAAAAAAGAAGGUGACUGGAGAGGAAUUGAAUAAUGGGGAGAGAAAGAAAACGGGGGAGGGAAACGCCGAUUUAUGCGAACGUGAACGCGAACAUCGGUUCAUCAUAUAGAAGAUAUAUAACGACAUACUUAGCGUGUUGUUGCGUACACAUAGAUAUAUCGAUAUGUAUGUACAUAGGAGAGGAGUCUACGUCGCUCGCCUGUCGGACAGGAGACGAUUGUCCAACAUCUGCCUCUCCUUUCUGGGCUUGAGAACGAUUCGCGACGAUUCUCAAGCCUUCGGAGCGCAAAUCCUCCGACAGCGACGUGGGACGAGUGCGUGGCGCAAUACGUACGCACAGACACGUCUCGCGGACGACCAAGAGCGAAUUAGUCGAUCGGUCGAUCCGAUCGUCCGCGAAAUCGGGGAAGGGCUUAGGGGACUAGAAGCUACACGUAGCGUAAUUCGCUUGCGCGAGUCCGUAUCGAAAUACGAAUAAAUAACAUUGCAAAAGGCGGCGCUGCAUGUGAAAGAGCGGAAAGAGCGGGGCGUUAAUUUUCUCUCGUCGCGAAAACGGUGCACUCUACUACGAGAUGACGAAAGAAGGUACACCGAUUGCGUACAUAUUAUUCGAAAUUAUCGGAGAUUACACAGUUCGACAACAAAAAGAAAAUCAGCAAAAUGGGACUAGUUAUUAUUUGUAAUUUUUUUUCACCAAAUAUGUCACAAUUUAUAAAAAUUUGCAAUUAAAGUUGGAAAGAGGUCUAAAUCACGUACCUUGUCGUAUUAUAAUUAUAAUGCGUGAUGUGUUGGAGAAUUUAUAUUGUAAUCAAAAGUAAAUCCAUUAUUAAAACAUUCAAUUUAUAUAAUGUAAACGGAAAUUUUGAUUGAAUAUGAUUUAUAAUUAAAAUAUGGGGUCUGUUGAGAAAAAACUGUGAAUUAAAUUAUUAAUGAUUUAUCAAAUAACUUUCAAAAAUUUAUAUAUAGAAGUCUUUAUAAUACUAAAUACGAAUUUAAUACUAAAAUUGACAAAUUUAAAAUGGUAAAACUAGUACAGCUGAUAAAAAUUAAAUUAUGUUUAAAUUUUAACAAAAAGUUCUUUUAACUGCAAAUUUCUUAAAAUCAUAACACAAUAAAAUAAUUUGGAAAUCGUGCAGAUGUGCGUUUUUAGCAUCCAAAUUAUUAUAUUGAAAAUGACGAGUUUUAUUCUGGUAUUUAAAAAAGUCAGUUUUUUUGUUGAACUGUGUCAUCGUCUCCAGAUCUAGCAAACGACCGAUCAUCCUCCGGUGAUCUGCGUGGGACACACGAACAUAUUAAUUGUGACUUGUUGCAUAUACCGGACGUAAGAAGACGGUCGUUUAUGAGGGACAAAUCAUGCGAAGCUCUCCUCGUGUAACCCGAAAGAUCGAAGCGAAGCGCCGUGUGUACGAUUCUCGCGAAGAAAUUAACGCGUGUGUAAGAGAUCCGUAUAGAUCGGUUUUCGUCUUCUUCCCUUUUUCCUACGUUUCCUGCGGAUGAAACGCCGCGUUCCAGGCCUGUCGCGCUAGAAUCCAAUUCCGAGUAGACGCGCGCGUCGCAAGGCGCUCCACCUGGCACUCCGUUUCCGUCGACCUCGCCGCAAUUACAGCGCAAAGGCAAAUCGUUCAGCGUCCUCUUUUUUACUUUUCUUUUCUUUCCUUCUGCUUUCUACGAUGGAUGACAGUAAGGCGAGGAGAGCAGUCAGCGCGCUACUUUUGAUUUACCGCUCCGUGCAAACUCGUUACAGCGAGAUCGCACGCGAUUUAGCGAGGGAGCAGGCACAUUAUUUGCUCACCUCACUCAAGAAACUGCCCGGCUCUUAUAUCGCUGUUGACCUGGCGUAAAGCCACCGUUGUAGCGAGAUUACGUGGACAAGCCAAGCAGUCGGGAAGUUUUUUUUUUCUCCACUCAACGACAGAGAGUAACGAGACAAGU